AAUGUUUUCACAUUUAAAAUAAAUUAAAUUAUAUUUUAAAUGUGAAAUACUAUUUAAAAUUUUUUUUAAUGUAAUCAAUUUUAGAAAUCAAAAUUUUAUUUUCUGGAUAUAAAAAUAAUUUUAUGAUAUUAUUAAAUAAAAUAAAUAAAUUAAUUAUAUAUUUUCCUUAAUUUUUAUAAAUUACAAAUGCAAAUGCUCUUUUAAAAGUUUCAUAUGAGAACGUUGGCCAGAGAGCAUUAGCAUUUAGCAAAUGUUUCUCUAAAUGCUUUUCUAACAAUGGUUGAUUGAAUAUUGUAGAGUAUAAUGCUAAUGCUAAUACUCUACCAACCAAGGCCUUAGAGUAUCAACUUGUGGGAGAUCUUUUUUUUUUUGUCAAGAGAUCAUUAGCAUAAUUAUUAUGAUCUUUAUAAACAUAAAAUUAAUCAACAAUAUUUAGAUAAUCAUUUAUAAUAGCAUUUAGAUGUGCUCUCCAAAUGGUCUUUACCCAAAUGUUUUUAUAUGAUUUUUUGGUAAAGCAUUUGCAUUUAGAAUAUAUGAAAUUUUUAAAAAAUUCAAUAAAUUUAAUUUAUAUUAUCUAAUAAUAUCACAAAUUAUAUUUAUAUCCAAAAAUAAAUUUAUAUUUCAAAAAAAAAAUUUAAAAUACAAAUAUUUCACAUUUAUAUAUAUAUAUAUAUAUUAAAUAUAAUUCAUCAUUAUAAAGACCACAUUUGAAUGGGGUAAUGUACAUUAAAAAAAACAUGAUUUAUUGUUUUUACUUUGUUUUGCAUAUAUAUUGCAUUGUUGAUUUCACAUUGUAUCUUGUGUGACUUGAAACUAUUUGUACCAAGAAGAAAAAAGUCUUGCCAAAUAAAAUCUUUGACAAACUUUUCAACUUGAAGGUAAAACUUAAAAGCAGCUGUGUAUAUCUAGUCUAUAGUAUCUUAGACUUGUAUUUGUUAAUUAACGAAUAAAGUCUCACAUUGGUAGUUGAAGAUUUAAUGAACUAAUAUAUAAAGAGUUAUGAUCAAUUUACUUAUCAUCAAUUUGUUUUAAGUUAGAAUCACGUGAUAAACUUAAGUUUUGAUAUGGUAUCUGAGCCAUCCGAUGUUGAACCACCAUGUGUAUGUUGUUCCCACGGUUGUUCACGCUUGAGCGUAAAAGAGAGUCUUAGUAAAUAAACGAAGUCUCACAUCAGUAGUUGAAUAAUUAAUGAACUAAUAUAUAAAUGGUUAGGGCAUCUCCAUCCCUACUCUAUUUGUUCCUCUAAAAUGGAGUAAAAGUGAAUAUGGAGUUAAGAAUGCUCCAACCCAACUUCAUAUCUCACUCCAUAAUGAAAUUUACUCCAUAAAUGGAGUAAUCUAUUUUUUGUUUGUUCAUCACUCCAUUAUUGAGUGGGAAAUAUAGUAGAGUUGGAGUAAUUUUACUUCAUUUUCACUUUUACUCCAUUUUGGAGGAAAAAAUAGAGUUUUACAUUGGAGAUGCUAGGAACAAUCCAAUUAUUACCAAUUAAUUUUAAAUAUUAAACCCGUGAUAAGUCCAAAUUUAACAUCAUCUAUACUUAAAUGUAAUUUUUUCAAUGUUUUAAUAUGAUUUAACUGUUUAUUUAUCUGGUAUUGUGAAAUAUUACUUAUUAAGUCUGGUUUGGAUAAACGACUAACCGUCAUACUUAAAUUUUUACAUCCAUAAUUAAUUAUUUUAUACAGCUAAAGUACAAUACUAUAUAGAGCAUUAAAUAUGCAUUGAAAACCGUUUUACAACCUAAAUGUGAAGUAGCAGUGGCGUUGAUCGUAUACUUGGUUGUGCAUUAGUGGCAAAGACAUGGAAACGUUCACUUGAUUCUUUGAGUGAACCUUGUGGUCCAGUGGUAGUAAAUAGAUUUUGGAUGCAAAAAUAUUUAGGAUUCGAUCUUUUUGCUGCGAAAAUUUUCAAUAAAUCACAUUAUUUUACUCACUACGGAUGCAAAUCCGUCCAUAUGAAUAUUUGGAAAAGGAUCUAUCAAGGACUAUACCUCCCAUCGAAGAAACUAGGUCUGGUUUUCUAAUAAACUUGGUUUUAACCAUUUUAUCAAAAAUAAUAUAUAUAUUCUCUGCCAAUUAAAGAUUUGCCUCCCCAUGGUCAUGCACCAUUCUUUAUCUGGAUGACACGUAUCCAAAGUAUGGUAGCAACACAAAAGCCCCUCCAAUUACCAUCCCCUCUUAUUGCUCUAUGGGUUCCAUAUUGUCCUUCUCAUUUCAAUCUUUUUGUUGUUGAUAAUUUCACAUUUUGGUAUCUUUAAGGACCGCAACAAAGUGACAGUGAAAGACUAUGACAUUUUAUUUUGUUUGUUAACAUAAUAUUGGCUAUGACAAGAUUUCUAUUAAUUUCAAAAAUAAACAAAUAAAUUGGUCGCCUCAUACUAAUUCCAAUUUCUUAAACUAAUAUUGCACGUUUUACUCAUACAACUAUAUAUAUAUGAUAUAUGAUAUGUGAUAAAUCAUGAUUGAUAUGACAUAAGGUUAGUUAUGUGAUAAAGAAUAACUAUACGAUCAAUUUUAUAAAAUAGUGUAUGAAUCGACUGUCAACAUCAACGAUUUUCAAAUACUUUAUUUGAAUGAAUGGAAUUAUUUAGAUUUUAAGUGUACAGCUUUAACAUUUGGAACAGAUCCUGACUGACAGCUUGUUUUUCACAACACAGUGACAUGUUUGAAGUAUGAAUUGCACGGCCAAAAUAAUCUCUUCCUAGCUACUUGAACGAUGCACAUAUAUAUAUAUCACAAUUAUAUUUUGAAAAAAAAGAUAUAUAUCACAACUAUAUAAUAUAUAUAUAUAUAUCUCUUUUUAUCUCACAAUUAUAUUUGCAAUAUAUAUAUCAAAACUAUAUUCAUCUUUAAAUGCGGUUGGAAAUAAGUUUCUUCACUUAACAUAACUAAUGAUAAGUCAAUUAUAUUAAUUUGGUUGUCGAAUGUGUGUGUUUUUUUAUUACCAUGGGAUAUCUCAGGCCUAAGGAAAAGUUUAGACUAAUUUGUGAGAAGAGUACAAUCUAUGGAUAGAUUCUCUUUUUUUUUAAAUUCAAAUGAGUUUAUGAAUCCAUAUCCGUGUGACUAUAUGAUGGAGUGUAUUAGGAUAUCUUCGGACUCACGUUGCUUAACAACAAAAAUUAAGCAACAAAAGAAAAAUUGUCAUAAAAAUUUCUCAAAAGUUAAAAUUUCUAAAUUUUUUAUGUAUUUACGGUUUCUGUCCUACAUUCAAUCUAGGAUAGAAAAAAAAGGAUUGAGAAGCAAGAGUCAAAGGAUCGUGGUGUUGACUAAAAACAAGUUUACGAAUGGAGUGAUCAUGAAAUUGCAAUGCACGAUGUGUCGGGAAGACAUGAUUUAAGUCUCGAUAACCCUAAAUACACAGUCGAAUAGAUCUUCAGUCGAGAUCUUGUCUCUUUAAACUUCAGCACAACCGUCCAUGUUAUAGAGGACCCCUCCUCUUCUUUAACACAUUCAUAACUUCAUCAUCAUUACAACUUUUGACCCUACAAUGUUGAAGAAGAAACUACGUAUAAGUAGCGUGAGUAAAAAAGAUUGUGGAUGUAAACUGAACGAUACAUCAUUUACAGUUAAAAUAUUUUUAGAACGAAUAUUUUGGCCAUACGAAUAUAAAGAUCGAGUUGUUAACUUUUAAAACUACAUCAUUACUUCAUUACAUAUAUCAUUGAUUAUUUUUUGAACAGAGGAUAAAAAUUAUUUGAGAUGAUGACACUAUAUUUACAAGUUUAGUAAACAGAUCAGUUAAGCCAUAAAAUAAAUGUAGGGUCGGCCAAUAAGUGAAUUUAUUUCACGACGCUUUGAUGGUGGAUCUAAAUAUCACAAAUAUUUUUCUUUAUUUUUUAUAAUAGAAAAUUUAAAUAUUUUCAAAAUAUGUGGAACGCAAUAUAUUUUAGCAUUGGAAUCAUUCAUAGUGACAUAAACAUGUUUAAUGAAAUGACUCGAAUCUUGAUAUCAACUAUCAUAUCCAAUUAACCUUCAUAGAUUGACUUUCUUGGUUUUUAUUUAUCAUGAGUAAAAUCUUAGAUACAUCAUACAUGUUAAUUGUGUAAUAUGCUAACGUUAUGGAAUAUACAUUCCUUAAAUUAAUAAGAAAAUGGAUAUAAUGGGUGCGUAUUAUGAGUGGUUGUACCCAAUCGGUCUUAUAAAGCUCACCAUUGUUAUUAGUUUUUGUAGUUAUUUGUUUCGGUGUGUAUAAAUUAGUAUCGAAUCACGUUACCUCACGGUGAUAUCAUUUAAUUAUAAAGUAAAUGAGCUUAUAUGGUCUUAAUACGGUGAACCAAACCUCAGCCAUUAUUUAAAAAAGAUACGACCGUACGUUAAGAUCUACUUUGAGAAUAUUAACAGCUCGACUUGUCGACAAAAUUAAAAAUAAGAAACAACUCGAGUUAUAUAACUUUGCAUAUUCUAAUAACUUCGAUUUCUUAUGAGUUAUGAUCGAUCUUAGCCCUCAGAUUUUUGUAUAGAUAUAAAAGUAUGAAGUGUCAUGUAAAACAAUUGAGUAGAACUUAACCUUUAUCAAUAAAAAAAAUCAUUUGAGUAGAACUUAAACGGAGACGUUGUUCGCUUUUAGAGCAGCUGCAACGGAGGUCCAAGUGUGAUCCUUAGGCGUAAUCCUUAGGUUAGUGACAAUAUAAUAAUAUUAAUUAUUCGACUUAAGCUAAGGAUUGACCCGUCGCGAAGGGUUUUAAGGAUUUGAUCUUUGUGUAUGUGUCAUGCGUUGAGUGGGCCGGUGUCUUUCGUGUUGCAUUGGGUCAAAAAUAGUUAACUCAUUUUCGACCGACCGCGUAGAAAAAAGGGGCUUUCGAGAGAAAGGCGACAGGAAGGGCGAUUCCUCUCCGUAUGCUUUACGAAGAUAGAUCUUCCCGUUUUCUUCUUGAUUCCUCUGAUUUUUCGAUUCACACCAUGUUAUCUUCUUGCUUUGUAUCAAUCUGGUUGGGUUAUGGGGUUUGAAUCGUUUUCGGUUAACGAUUAGGGUUAUGGGGUUAAAAUUAGGGUUUCAAAACGAUUUGGGUAUAAAAUGAUUUGGGGAGAGGGGUUUUAAGCUCGUUCAAUCGAUAUGUUCUCUGUUUCGUUGCUCGUUGAUUCCGUUUGAGUAGCUCGUUGAUUUCUUUAAUUUAUAAUUCCGUUUGAGUAGGUGGUUGAUUCCGUUUGAGUAGCUCGUUUAUUCCGUUUGAGUAACUCGUUUAUUCCGUUUGAUUCCGUUUGAGUAGCUCGUUGAUUCCGUUUGAGUAGUUCGUUGAUUCCGUUAGAGUAGUUCGUUCAUAUUUAGUUUUUGCUGAUGAUUAUACGCUUUGUACUGGGGUUUUUGGUUGAAUUCAAACCGCUAACUAAUUUGUUUUUAAGCUCGUUCACUCUUCUUUUAACUUUCUCUUAUUAUAUCUCGUUGAAAUCGUUUUGUGAUGAUGAUUAUUGUUGUCUAACUAUGUUCUUACUUAAUUUCUUUCAGGUUAUCGAAAAUGGGACAAGAUUACAGCUAUAGUCAGCCCUCUUCAUCAUCAUAGUCUCUAGACAUAACCUCCCUUCUUGAAGCCGAAUGUCAGAUUUAAGCGGAUGAAGCUGACCGUAGCUACUGCAAUUCAUUGCCGGUUUAGUACCCACGUCAACCAGAGGCUGAUGAUGGAAUUCCCACGACAUGUUACUGUGGAGCUCAGCCUGUUCUCGGAUGCUCUUACACGUCUCAAAACCCAUACAGAAGAUACUUUACGUGCGCCAAUGCUGAUGAUGGAGACUGCCACGUUUGGAAAUGGUGGGAAGUGGCAGUAAUGGAGGAGAUGAUGGAGUUUCAGAGACAACUUAGAGAUCUUAAGGUCCAAGGUUAUGAGAGUGAGCAGAAGGUCCUUCACCUUGAGAAGACGGUACAUGAGCUUUCCAAGAACAAAUGAGGAGUUAAGCUAACGGUCUGUCUGUUAGUUUUAAUAGGUUUCCUGUUAUUGAUUGUGCGAGGCAAGUUCUCUCCUCUGUUUCUUUGUAUUUUCUACAUGUUUGAUGAAAACUUUUAAUGUUGUAUCUCAUGUUUUUUUCCAGGAAUCAUUGGAAAUGUUUCAAAGGAGAGUGUCGGUCCUCGGGAGUUUCUGUAAUAAGGUAUGAUAUUUUUUUAAAAGUUAGUACUCUUGUUGUGUUCGAAAUGAACUUUAGUUUGCUUGUAACUAGCUAUCUGCUCUGAUUUUAGUUGCUUUAAUUACUUAGUUAGGAAUUAAUUCCGCCUUGCUUUGGUGUUAAAUGAAAGUUAUUUGCUUUCCAUCUACCCAACUGCUCUGAUUUGAUAGGCUUUAAUUAGUAGGAAGUUAGCUUACUUAAGAGUCUUUGUUGGUAGAAUAAUGUCUCACACCAACUUGUAAACAUGGCUAACACUUCCGGGUAUGUAAACCUACUAACUAGUCAAAUCCCCAUUGACCUUGAAUCACCCGAAGCUAAUUGGUUGGGUAGCCAAGUUCCCGAUGAGCCUGGUGUGAAGGAGAGGAGGAAAUGGAUUCUCACAGAUGAUAAAAUCCUUAUUGGUGCGUGGCUUUAACACCAGUAAGGACCCUGUGGUGAGCACUGAACAGAAAGCUGAUGCUUUCUGGAACCGUAUCGUUGACUACUACAACGCAAGCCCUCUCCUGGUGGGUACUAUACCGAGGAAGCUUCGUCCUUGUAAGCAGCGGUGGGCUCGGAUAAACGAGCAAGUAUCCUAAAAAAUAUUAUAUUUAUAUACCUAAGGACUCCGGAAUGGAACUCACCAUUGGACUCACUAUUUCGAUUCGGAUCCUUCACUAUUCACACAAAAACAAAAAAAAAAAAAAAUAUUUAACUAGCUAAGGACUCCGCAAUGGGAUUCACCAUUGCGGAUGCUCUUAUAACACAUAAGAAAAACAACGUCUCUUUCAGCAAAAAGAAAAAAAGAAAAGAAAAGAAAACUAAUGUCUCAUCAAAUAAAAUAAUAAUAUUGAUUUGUGUAAAACAAUAACACGAGUAAAAUCAACAUCUACGUUUUGUAAAUGAGUUCCAAAAUUAGGUUAUCCAGUACAUAUGCAUACCCAUAAUAAGUUACUAACAUCUAUUUAACAAAUCAUUUAUCAAAUUUCGAAUAUAAAACCCGGACUCCCUAAUGGAGUUUUUACCAAUCCGUUUCGGAUUGACUGAAUCGGUAUGAAAGUUGUAACAUGGGCAAACCGGCACCCAAUAAAAAGAAUAAAAAUAACGUUAUAGAAUUGUUUAUUUCUUAAAAUGAAAACGACUUAUAUGAUUUUCGUUAGUUAACAACAUGAUUGUCGUAAUACAUGAAAAAUAUAUUUAUGUGUAUACAAUAUGUUUUGGCAUUAGCAAGUAGCUUGUACUAUUUGUUUUUUUUUUCUGAAGAAGAAAGCUUGUACUAGUUGUGUCGUCCUCCAUAAAAGGCAUGCACUCCAGUCUCCAGAAACCAAGAUGGUGCAAUAUAUGGAGUUUUGCACACAAUUCCUAAAUUAACCAUGGAAAUAAAAUUCGGGACUGUAGAUGCCUCGAAACACAUGAAUCCCUUGAAAUCUGCUAAAAUCUAUUGUACGUCGAUACAAACGUAGUUCCAUAAACCGGGCAGGCUAUUAUUUUUCGUUACGGCAUCCUAUAUUAACGACAUCCUAUGACACUUGAAAAGGCCACUCCGAAUUUUACCUGCUAAUUAUAGAAACACAAAACAUUAAGAUCUAUAGUAUUGUGAAGAAAAUAAGAGGGGCAUUUUCCAAAUUUGUACUGCUUAACAAAAGGAAAAACUAAAAGAAAAACGAAUAGCUACUUCCAAAGAUUUCAAUCAUUCUUCGGAUCCAUUUUUCUUAAACCCUCCGAUAUUACACACCACAUAGUUGUAAUUUUUUCGGUUAACAACUUAACAUAAUAUUAAAAAAAAAUGGAAGAACUUAACAUAAUAUUCAUUUAACCAUAGCGCCAAAUAUAUUAUGGAGCCCAUGAAUAAUUAUCGGGCCGAUGUUGACAUCUUAUUGGGCUAAACUUGAUUUGAUAUAAAAGUAAUCAGGCCUCAUCUUUUAUAGCAUGAUACAUUAUCACACCACACAGCAAAAGGUCUUACUUAAAUUCUUAAGAAUCAUCAGAAGGCUCUUGAAUCUUAUAUUAAGAACUUGUGCAAGGCAAAUGAUGAAGCCCAGUUAAGCUGUCAACAUCAACCGUAUAAACGCGUUCAUAUAGGCUAAGACCAACAUUCAUGGCCGGCCUUUAGAUUUUAAAGACCAACAUUCAUGGCCGGCCUUUAGAUUUUAAAGACCAAAAACGAUUUAGUAAAAAUAAUUUAUUUUUUAACAAUUUAGGAAUCUGUGUUUAUUUAUAUAUUAAUUCUAUAAAAUUUAGAGACAUAUAAGACAAACGAGUUAAUUAAUUAUGCCCCGAACCGAGUCUUCCAUCGUACAAUAGUAAACACUCAACAGCAACACAGCUAGUCAGGAUCCAAGAUGCGAUUUUCUAAGGCUGCAAUAUUAAUUCUCAGUUCUGAAACCUAGGAUAUCUAACUAGUAUCGACAUAAACAAUUUUCUUUUUCAUCGUUUUUUUUAAUUCAAGAAGUUCUGGGUCUAAACCAAUAAUCUUUUUGCGCCAGGAACAAGAACCAGUUGUUUAAUUCCCUCUCCACAACAUUUAUGAGAUUCGAACCUGGAACUUCUAUGGAAGAAGGCUUUACAAUUAGAGUUAGCAGCUCCGGGUAAAGAUGACGUCGAAACAUCAUUGUCUUUUUAUAACAUAUUCUUUUUUCGUUGUCUUCUUUCUCUUUUCAAAAUUAAGAACUUCAUACAUGGGAUAAAAAUAUGGUAUUAUUCAAGUUAUAAAAGUGUCUUAGACGAGAGAACGUGAAGCAGUCUCUUUUUCUUUCCACCUCAACCAGAAUAUUUCUGAAAAGAAACGGAAGACAGAGACAACUCAGACAAAUCACAAAAUUAUACACUGACUUAUAACUUUGGAUUUAGUUCUAUAUCGUUUUCUUUUCUUUUGCAAAGUGAAGUUUGCAAUUCUAUAUAUGCUGCAUGGUAGAACGUUUGGUUUAUCAGUCAGUGUAUAGAACAAAAGUUAAACUAAUAUUAUCCCAAUCAGAACCUUCGACCUUAAGUCAUUGUCACUAUUUUCCGAAUCUUUAUUUCAAUCUCUCUUUCUGUUGGUCAGAAAUAUUUAUUAAAAACCUCAGUCCAAUUUCCCACGUGUAAUAAAUUUAUCUAAUUUGAAAAGCAUUAUCACGAAAAAUAUAGAAAUAAAAAGAAAAGGUAGCAUGGAUUCGCUUAUGCUUUUUUCUAUUUAUUCCUUGUCUCUUACGUAUUCUCAAACAUGAAACAUCCAGAUAAUUAGUAUUCAGGUAUAUAAUCGAGUAAUUUAGCCAUACUAAACAUAUACUUAGCAGCUACAAAAUCAAUAAUGCCAAUCAGCCGGAAAUUUUGGACGUGGGCCGUUGCCACGGCCAUUAUAGCCGUCCUGGUCGUCUUCGUCGGGCCAUCCAUCAUCGGACCGGAGAGCAUAGUGGGAUCUAAAAAUGUCCUAACCACGGCGAAGAUGAUCCCGCUUCCCGUUGAUGGACCAGAGAGUCUGGACUGGGAUCCACGAGGGGAAGGCCCAUACGUUGGCGUUACCGACGGUCGCAUACUCAAAUGGCGCGGUUCGGAUCUUGGCUGGGUAGAAUUCGCGUACUCGUCCCCCCACAGAGGGAACUGUUCAAGCCAUAAGGUGGAACCUGCGUGUGGAAGGCCUUUGGGACUGAGCUUCGAGAAAAAAACGGGAGACUUGUAUUUUUGUGACGGUUACUUUGGAGUAAUGAAGGUCGGACCUAAAGGAGGAUUGGCCGAGAAGGUCGUCGACGAGGUCGAAGGUCAGAAAAUUAUGUUCGCCAAUCAAAUGGAUAUAGACGAAGAAGAGGAUGUUUUCUACUUCAACGAUAGUAGCGACACCUACCACUUCGGGGACGUAUUCUUUGCGUUUCUGUGUGGUGAAAAGACAGGAAGAGCGAUUCGAUACGACAAAAAGUCAAAAGAGGCCAAAGUUAUAAUGGACCGUCUUCAUUUACCUAAUGGUCUUGCCAUAAGCAAGGAUGGUUCGUUCGUGCUUUCCUGUGAGGUCCCAACGCAACUUGUGCAUCGAUACUGGGCCAAGGGGCCUAAAUCUGGGACCCGUGACGUAUUCGCAAAGCUUCCUGGCUACGCGGAUAACAUCAGGAGGACUGAGAAAGGGGAUUUCUGGGUUGCCUUGCAUUCCAAGAGAACCCCAUUUUCUAGGUUUUCGUUGAUGCAUCCCUGGAUUGGGAAAUUUUUCAUGAAAACCUUGAAGAUGGAUCUUUUAGUUUUCCUUUUUGAAGGAGGAAAGCCUCAUGCGGUGGCCGUGAAACUCUGUGGCAAGACCGGUAAGGUUUUGGAGGUUCUUGAGGAUAGUGAAGGGAAGAAUAUGAAGUUCAUAAGUGAGGUUCAAGAGAGAGAUGGUAAGCUUUGGUUUGGGUCAGUUUUUCUGCCUUCCGUUUGGGUUCUUGAGCAUCAGUAAUUUAUACGAUUAUGGUGUUUUAAAGUGUAUUUUAUAGCAAAAAAUAAGUGUUUUAAGUUGCACCGUGAUUAAGAGAUCUUUCUUUUGCUAUUACAUCAUUUUCUCAUGUGGAUUUGAUAACAAUCAAGAGUUCUAAAGUAUUUGCAUGUAAACUGUCCUUCAAGACUCUUGAUCUUAUAAUUUACUGCAUUGUUGGCUUCUUCUUUUCUGUAAAGCAAGUCUUGGUUUCUUUAUGGUGCAGUUUCCUUUUCAACGCGA